AUGCAGAAGGAUGUCUCUGGUGUCUUCAAUCCUGGCUGUGGUGAUUUCCAGCCAGCAGACUCCGGGAUUGCGCCGCCGGCAGGCACCUGCCCAGUCCCUCCCUGGUGCGCGGGGAGCGCAGUCCGGGAGCGUAGGGCUGCUCGGAGGGGGCCGCGCGGGCAGGAUGGUGAGUGGGGCCCGGGCGCGGUCUCCUGGCGCACGGAUAACCUUGCUGUCGCCGGCGCUCCGGCUCUUCCCUCCUCCCACAAUCCCGAGCCGGGCCUGAGAGAGAAGGAGGCGGGGCUCCGAGCCACGGGGGUGGCGGUGUGCGCUCGGGCGGCCCUCGGUCCCGGCGCGCUCUGGGCCGCGGCCUGGGGAGUCCUGCUGCUCACGGUCCCCGCGGGGGCGCAGCGCGGCCGGAAGAAGAUCGUGCACGUGCUGGAGGGAGAGUCAGGCUCGGUGGUAGUGCAGACGGCGCCUGGGCAGGUGGUAAGCCACCGAGGUGGCACCAUCGUCUUGCCCUGUCGCUACCACUAUGAGGCAGCAGCCCACGGCCACGACGGCGUCCGCCUCAAGUGGACGAAGGUGGUCGAUCCGCUAGCCUUCACCGACGUCUUCGUGGCGCUGGGCCCCCAGCACCGGGCAUUCGGCAGCUAUCGCGGGCGGGCGGAGCUGCAGGGUGACGGGCCAGGGGAUGCCUCCCUGGUUCUCCGCAACGUCACGCUGCAGGACUACGGCCGCUACGAAUGUGAGGUCACCAACGAGCUAGAAGAUGACGCUGGCAUGGUCAAGCUGGACCUGGAAGGCGUGGUCUUCCCCUACCACCCGCGUGGAGGCCGCUACAAGCUGACGUUCGCGGAGGCGCAGCGCGCGUGCGCCGAGCAGGACGGCAUCCUGGCCUCUGCCGAGCAGCUGCGCGCGGCCUGGCGCGACGGCCUGGACUGGUGCAACGCGGGCUGGCUGCGCGACGGCUCGGUGCAGUACCCGGUGAGCCAGCCCCGAGAGCCCUGCGGCGGCCUGGGCAUGGCCGGGAGUACCGGAGUCGACGGCGGAGCCGACGGGGGCGUGCGCAAUUACGGCUAUCGCCACAACGCAGAGGAGCGCUACGAUGCCUUCUGCUUCACGUCCAACCUCCCGGGGCGCGUGUUCUUCCUGAAGCCUCUGCGGCCCGUGCCCUUCGCGGGAGCAGCGCGCGCGUGCGCGGCGCGCGGCGCGGCCGUGGCCAAGGUGGGGCAACUGUUCGCCGCGUGGAAGCUGCAGUUGCUGGACCGCUGCACCGCGGGCUGGCUGGCCGAUGGCAGCGCGCGCUACCCCAUCGUGAACCCGCGCGCGCGCUGCGGAGGCCUCCGGCCCGGCGUGCGCAGCCUCGGCUUCCCAGACGCCGCCCGCCGUCUCUUCGGCGUCUACUGCUACCGCGCUCCAGGUGCACCGGACCCCGCACCCGGCGGCUGGGGCUGGGGCUGGGCAGGCGGUGGAGGCUGGGCCGGAGGCGCGCGCGACCCCGCUGCCUGGACCCCGCUGCGCGUCUAG